AUGUCAAAGACAGUUACAUUUGCUAUUGUUGGAGAUAAGAACGUUGGUAAAUCAUGUGUUCUUAUCAGCUAUGUCACUUAUGCAUUCCCACCUGAUAUUGCACCAAGCACUUUAGGUCUUUCAAUUAAUAAAAAUGUUGAUGGAAACAAUUACAAUAUUGAAUUUUCUGAAGUUGGUGACUAUGAUGUACUACCAAAAGCCGAUGUAUUUUUAAUUGUAUACUCUGUCACUACUCCAUCUACACUUGAUAGUGUUCAAUCAAAGUGGGUACCAAAUAUAAAGAAUAAUGCUCCUGAUGUUCCUUUUAUUUUAGUUGCUAACAAGAUUGAUAUGCGUGACGACCCAGCAUCAAUUGAAAGACUAGCACAAAAAGGAAUAGCACCAAUCACAACAGAGCACGGUAGAUCAAAGUCCAAGGAAAUAGGUGCUGCUGCUUUCAUUGAGUGUUCUGCACUCACAAUGUUUGGUUUACAUCAAGCCUUUGAUGAAGCAAUCAGACAAAUCCACACAGGUGUUGGAGGUAAAGGAAAAGCAAAAACUUCAUCAAAAUCUAAAUCAAAGAAAUCCUGUGAAAUCUUAUAA